UCGCGCAUCAUGGAUCUGCGGGGCUCACACACUAUUGGAAUGAUUUUACCGCUGUAUCUCAUCUUUCCCUUCAUCACAGGCUCCAUCAGUAAAGAGAGCUGUGAUUCUCCGCUGGUGUCCGGUUUGCUUCAGUCGGCCUUCACUAGUUCAUCAGAGCUGUCGAACAGUCACGGGCCGGGAUUCGCCAAACUCAACCGGAGAGACGGUGCUGGGGGCUGGUCUCCGCUGGACUCUAAUAAGUAUCAGUGGCUGGAGAUCAAACUGGAGCAGCGCACUGAGAUUACGGGGGUCUCCAGCCAGGGCCGAUACGGCAGCUCAGACUGGGUCACUCGCUACCUCCUCAUGUUCAGUGACACGGGACACAACUGGAGACCGUACCGCCAGGAAGACAGCAUCGGGGCGUUUUCCGGGAACUCCAACGCUGACAGUGUGGUUAUGUACAAACUCCAGCAUCCAGUGGUGGCUCAGUAUCUCCGAAUCCUGCCUCUCGACUGGAACCCCAACGGAAGGAUCGGCCUGAGACUCGAGGCUUACGGCUGCCAAUACAGGUCAGACGUGGCUGGUUUUGAUGGCGCUGCUCACCUGCUCUACAGGCCGGAUCCCGGUGUCAAUCCUGCAGAUAAAGACAUGUUAUCCAUGAACUUCAAAACCAUGCAGAGCUCCGGCCUUCUGCUGCACAUGGAAGCUCACAGCGGACACACUCUGACUCUGGACCUGUUCAAAGGAAGACUCGUACUGCAGCUCAGAAAAGGCAGGGCUUUAUCAGCUGAUUUCCACCCUCUCUGGUCUGUCGGGAGUCUUCUGGAUGACCAGCACUGGCACCACGUCAGCAUUGAACGGGUUCGAGGACUGGUCAACUUCACGGUGGACAAAAACACCCAGCAGUUCCAGCUCCCCGAGUACUGGAGCCGCUCUGAGAUUAACGAGAUCAGCGUUGGUGGUUCUUCACCGUCUGGACUCCAGAAAUCUCACUCCAGAAGAAACUUCCACGGCUGCUUGGAAAACGUGUUUUACAAUGGCGUCAGUGUGAUUGAUGGAGCCAAAGAGAAGCGAGUGGCCGUUACAGGAAACGUCAGCUUUGCCUGUUCAGAGUCUACAGAAGUCCCGGUGACGUUUGCCGGUUCCAGAAGUUUCCUGGCCGUGCCGUGGGUCUCCAAUGGAGAAAGUGUGUCGGUCAGUCUGGAAUUCAGAACGUGGAAUAAAGCGGGUCUGCUGAUGACAUUUGACCUCCAGCAGAACGCAGGAACACUGUGGCUUUAUCUGAGCGAAGCCAAAGCGCGACUGCAGAUCCAAAAGAGUGGUCGGAUCCUGAGCGACGUCAUAGCAGGUGUUAAUUUAAAUGAUGGUCAGUGGCACCGGCUGGAGCUGGCCAUCCGUCGGGGGCGUCUCGCAGUCACAGUGGACCAAACGGACAGCUCUGCAGUGGCCACUUCUGUCCCUGCGGCUCCUGACAGCAUGCUAUUCUUAGGCGGAUGUCCAGGAGACGGCAGCGGCUGCAGAAACCCCUUCAGUGUUUUCCAGGGAUGCAUGCGGCUCAUCCAGACGGACGGCGCUUUAGUGGAUCUUAUCAAAGUGCAGCAGAUGUUGUUAGGGAAUUUCAGCGAUCUGCAGAUGGACGUGUGUGGGAUAGUCGACAGAUGCUCCCCGAGCCAUUGUGAACACGGAGGGAAAUGCUCGCAGUCAUGGAGCACGUUUCACUGCAACUGCUCCGCCACAGGCUACAGCGGAGCGACCUGCCACAGCUCCAUUUACGAAGCAUCGUGUGAGGCCUACAAACACAAAGGAAACACUUCUGGCUUUUACUACAUCGACAUGGAUGGAAGCGGCCCCAUCAAACCUCAGCUAAUCUACUGCAACAUGUCAGAUAAAGCCUGGAUGGUGAUCCAGCAUAAUAACACGGAGCUCACCAAAUUAAAAACGUCCUCUGGGAUAAAUCAGCACUUGGCCCACUUUAACUAUUCGGCAGACGUAGAGCAGAUCCGGGCCGUCAUCAGCCAAUCAGAGCACUGCGAGCAGGAGCUGUCCUACCACUGCAGAAAGUCCCGGCUCUUGAACACACCAGACGGCGCCCCAUUCAGCUGGUGGGUGGGUGGCUCCGGCGAAGCACACAUGUACUGGGGCGGAGCGGUGCCCGGCAGUCAGCAGUGCGCCUGUGGCCUGCAGGAGAACUGUGUGCAUCCCGAACACUUCUGCAACUGUGACGCAGACAGCAAAGACUGGUCCAGUGACUCUGGUUUGCUGGCUCAUAAAGAGCAUUUGCCGGUGCGAGCGCUGGCGCUGGGAGACAUCAGCCGCUCAGGGUCUGAAGCAGCGUAUAGAGUCGGCCCGCUGCAGUGCUACGGUGACAAUAACUUCUGGAACGCUGCCUACUUCAACAAGGAGACAUCGUACCUGCACUUUCCAACCUUCCACGGAGAGCUGAGCGCUGACAUCUCCUUCCUGUUCAAAACCAGCUCUUCAUCAGGAGUUUUCCUGGAGAAUCUGGGCAUCAAAGACUUCAUCCGCAUCGAGCUGAGCUCGCCAACCGAGGUGGUGUUCUCAUUUGACGUGGGCAACGGUCCGCUGGAGGUGCGAGUGCAGACGCCCAGCACAUUAAAUGACGAGCGGUGGCAUCACGUCAGAGCUGAACGCAACGUGAAGGAGGCCUCGCUGUGUGUGGACCAGCAUCCGGCUGCUGUGCAGAAAGCCCCCGCUGACGGACACAUCCAUCUGCAGCUCAACAGCCAGCUGUUUGUAGGAGGAACGGCGUCCAGGCAGAAGGGCUUUCUGGGCUGCAUCCGCUCUCUGAAGCUGAACGGUAGGACUCUGGAUCUGGAGGAGAGGGCUGAGAUCACGCCUGGAGUGACGGCUGGAUGUCCCGGGCACUGCAGCAGCUAUGGUGACCUGUGUCUGAAUCACGGCUCGUGUGUGGAAAACUACAGCGGCUUCACCUGCGACUGCAGCCUCUCGCCCUUCACCGGGACCUUCUGUCAUAAAGAAGUUUCUGCCUUCUUCAAACCGGGAACAUCAGUGACGUACACAUUUAAGGAGCCGUACGAGCUGAACAGGAACGUCAGCACACAGUCGUCCUCCAUCUACUCUGAUUUAACGCUGAGAGGAGAGAAUAUUUCACUGAGCUUCAGGACGAGUCAAGCUCCGGCGCUGCUGCUUUACGUCAACUCCUACUACAGAGAAUACCUGGCCGUCCUGCUCAACAGAAACGGACAUUUGGACAUCAAGUACAAACUGGCCCACAGCAGAGAGGCAGAGGUUUUUCGAGCCAGCGGCAGGAAUCUGGCCAACGGGCAGCUCCACAGAGUCAGAGUCCAGAGACUGGCAGAGACGCUCAGCAUUCAGGUUGAUCAGCAUGCGAAGGAAGAGUUCAAUCUAACAUCAGACACUGAAUUCAACGCCAUUAAAUCGAUCGUCAUUGGAAAAGUGCUAGACUCUGGUGAAGUGGAUCCAGAGAUCGGUCGUGUGAAUGCUCUGGGCUUCACCGGCUGUCUGUCUGUGGUCCAGUUUAACUCCAUCUCUCCGCUGAAGGCAGCUUUACUGUAUCCCGACACCAGUCCUGUCAUAGUCACCGGAUCGCUGAGUGAAUCUGGCUGCGGAUCAUCUUUAUUGUCCAACCCUCAUGCAGCGGAGACCACUCACUCCCUCACAGAUCAUGUGGGUACAGUAGGUACAGGCGAGCCCAUAGUCAAUGCCAUCAACGGCGACUCAGCACUCAUCGGAGGAGUGAUCGCUGUGGUGAUCUUCGUCAGUCUCUCAGCUCUGGCAGUGACAGCGAGAUUCUUGUACCGACGGAAAGAAACCUUUCAAAGCCAGGAGCCCAAAGCUGGAAAAACUGACGACAGUCCUGAAACGCCAUUCAACACGGAUCCAAACUCACAGAGCAUCAUCACCGAUAACCAAAAAGAAUACUUCAUAUGACGCUCUUUCGCCUCGCCGUGGACUAAUCCAGUUAAAGAGAGGACCGAGGAGUGUAAGGACAUUAACAUUCGCCGUGCAUUAUGAGAAAACGUCCGAGAGACUUGGACCCUUUUUGUACAUACAGCGUUUAUCGUCCAGAGAUUUGGCACUCAAGUGCGGUUUCUAAGGUGUGUAUAAUGACAUUCAUUGGUUGUAAAUAUUCUUUUGAAAUGAAACUUUGUAACUUUGUCUCCCUUUUUGCCUUCGGACGAUUCAGUGCUCAGUAUUGCGUUUAACAGAGGUCAAGAAGCGAUCGUUGUGUAACUAAAUCUGAAUAAAUGUGUGAGUUGCGAGUGCGAUGUUGUGGUGAAUACGUGAGAUUUGGCGCACUUGCACAAAGGCUGUACACUCCGUAUUUAUCACUUUUUCCGUGCUUUUUUCCUCAAUGAUUUGCCGUUUGGAACAAAAAAAGAAAUACAUCCUCUGG